CCCUGGCCUGACCACCCAAAGCGUCCGUCUAGUUGCGCUUUGUGCUUCGUGUGUCCUUCUCCGUAUUUUUAGAUAAUAAUAACUGUGAAAAAAAUGCAUCGUACAGUGUGAAUUUCCAUUGGCAAUACCAGAAGUGAUUGUGAGAUGCAAAAGACAGUGUCACGGUGAUGGAAUUUCAUCCGAUAGUGCAGUUUCAUUGCUCCUAAUGCACUAUUUUUGGCUCCAAAGUGAUUUCUGCUCUGUGCCAAGGAGUAAAAAAAUGUCACAAAUUUAAUUUUUACACGAGACUCAUUGUAAAAGCUCAUGCAGACAUCGGAGUGAGAAGCCUCGCAGUGAGACAGAACGGGAGGACAUGUGUUGGCGAAUGAAUAAGAACAAUUUGCUUAUUAGCUAAUCGACACGAGGAAAGAACUGGCAGGGCCAACGCUGUCACUAGUGAGGUAGUAGUAACCGCAUUCAAUCACUGCUGGUCAGCUCUCCAUAGCCCUCCCCGCCUACCUACACAGUGCGCUGGCCCCGAGCUGCUAUUUCACAUGUAUUCCAAAUAUUUGAGGAAAUUUCAACGAAUAUUCACGACAAUACAGCGCAGUACAUACAUUGAGUGUGAAUAAAUUUAUCGUUCAUUGGACUUGUGAAGGGCAAAAUGCCUUCGGAAACGGCAUUUUUCAAGGGAAAUUGGAGGAAAUCAACAAUUUCCUCUGCAUACACUUUUUAGAAGGAAUUUCAAAUGCAUCGUUUCACAUUUGAUGAUCAGUGCCAUCGACCGAGAAUAUUUACACUUGAAUGGAUGAAAAAUCAAAUCAAUUCCUUGAUGAAUAAUCAAUAAUAUUUAAUGCUAUUUUCAAAAAUCCUCGAGAUUUUUGAAAGACGUGAGAGACGAAUUCGACGGACUUGAAUUCGAAUGGGUCUCGAAGGCUUUGAUCAAUCAGCAUCACUGACACAGGAUUCUACCAGGCUCAAGAUCAAGUACAGUGAUCAUUUGUGUUCAAUUCACUCCAACAUUUGUUGAUGCAGAAAAAUCUCAUUCGCACUGGUACUGGUCCAGAGUGGAUUUAUGCGUUGGAGUCCCGUUAUCGGCAUUCAGCUCUACUGUACCGGUGAUUUCAGUUUACCCAGAUAGAAGUGAACGAAGGGUCGCCACUAUCGCUGAAGCCCCAAAAAGUGACAGCAUUGGCCUUCUCAGUUUUAUCUCUCGGCUAAUAAACACAAAAUUGGUUAUAUGUUAUGUUAUAACAGCGCAAUGGCCACUUCUUGGAAUGCAGUAUCCUCGUAUCAUCUGCUCUUAUUGCUGGGUUUAUUGGGACUAGUUUCUGGUCACGAUGUCAAGGGAUCAACUUAUUGCGAAUUUUACAAUGAGACGAUGUGCCCAGGAUGCUCCGAGCGCGAAGAAUGUGCACCACAUGAGCCGGACAGAAGGAAUCAUUGCUACGUAUUGUGGCAAAUUGACGAUGUGACGAAGAAGUCAACUAUUAAAUUGAAGGGCUGCUUUCUAGAUAGUAAAGAGUGUUAUGAUAAGAAUCAGUGCGUGGAGAGGAAUGGCGACAGAAAGAAAAAAUUAUUUUUCUGCUGUUGCGAUGGCAAUAUGUGCAAUCAGAAUUACACAUGGGAUCCCCAGCCUACGGAGCCACCAACUGAGCACCACGAUUUCAAACCAGUUCCAAAUACUGAACAGCAGAUUCUGACAUUGGUCCUGUCUGUAUCAGUCCCUCUGCUUGUCCUCAUAAUUGUAUUGUCAACAUUGUAUUGGUGCUACAAACGUAGAAAACUGGGUUAUUUCAAUGAGGUGCCAACCUUAGAGCCCUUGCCACUGCCUCAGCCAUCCCCAAAUUUAGGUCUACGUCCAAUACAACUGGUGGAAAUAAAAGCGAGAGGACGAUUUGGCGCUGUCUGGAAGGCACAAUUGAAGAAUGAAGUUGUUGCUGUUAAAGUAUUUCCAGUUCAGGACAAACAGUCGUGGCAAACUGAACAGGAGAUUUUCAAAUUAGCCCACAUGGAUCACGAAGAUAUUCUUCACUUUAUUGGCGUUGAAAAGAGGGGGGAUAACUUGCAGGCCGAAUUUUGGCUCAUUACGGCAUAUCAUGAGAAAGGUUCUCUAUGUGAUUAUUUAAAGGCCAAUGUUGUUAGUUGGCCAGAAAUGUGUAGAAUAUCUGAGUCCAUGGCUAGGGGAUUGAUGCAUCUCCAUGAGGAAAUACCAGCUAACAAGGCUGAUGGAUACAAACCAGCGGUUGCUCACAGGGACUUUAAAUCCAAAAAUGUUCUACUAAAAGCUAAUAUGAGUGCGUGCAUAGCUGACUUUGGUUUGGCGCUCAUUUUUCACCCUGGCAAGCCGUGCGGAGAUACUCACGGACAAGUCGGUACACGGAGGUACAUGGCUCCGGAAGUCCUUGAGGGUGCUAUAAAUUUUACACGCGAUUCAUUUCUACGGAUAGACAUGUAUGCGUGUGGUCUCGUUCUUUGGGAAUUGGCAUCCAGAUGUACUGUCCAGGAUGGACCAAUUGGAGAGUACAGAUUGCCAUUUGAAGAGGAAGUAGGACUACACCCAACCCUGGAAGACAUGCAGGAAAGCGUGGUCCAUAAAAAAGAACGUCCACUGAUUUUGGAGACGUGGCGAAAACAUAAUGGGCUCGUUGCAAUUUGUGACACAAUGGAAGAGUGCUGGGAUCACGAUGCCGAAGCCAGACUCUCAGCAUCUUGUGUCAUGGAACGAGUGGCCACCCUCAGCAGAAGUCUCGUCAUAAAUUCGUCAACUCUGAUCAGAGUUGAUAAUACAAACGAGUCUCUGAAUACCAAGGAAUCUAAUCGACACUUACUUGUCUGAACCGUACGAGGCCGCGGGAUACGUAGUUAAUUGUACAGGGAAUUCUACUGAUGAAGAUUUUAACGCAGAGUGAGGAGCAUAAGCUGCAUAAUAAAUAAAACUUAUCAAUUUUUUCAAUAAAGUGGGUAAAAGACAUGAUUAUGAAAAUUAAUAGAUGAAAAAGGAAAACAAUUUUAUAUGCAAUAGGUAAUAUGUUUACCAAGUAUCGUAUGUUUUCCUCUUGUAAUACACAGUAGAGUUCAACCGUCGCUAAUACCCCGUACGCAUGCUUCAUUUCCAUCCCCGAGAGUAUUGUAAUUCUUGAAUUAUCGAUCAAUUAGACAUCUGUGUUGACUGACAUUGGGUUUUGACAGUGCCAAAUAGUGUAGACAAAUGCCAUAUACUUUUCAAUUUUUUUUACCUUUUUGGUUUCUCUUGUUUGUUUUUUAUCCACAUGAUUUAAGGUUUAUUUUUAGCACUAAGGAAGCAAAAGCAUAGAGGGAAUUUGUGUUUAAUUUUCCAUGAUUUUUAAGAUAAAAUUACAAUAUUCUGGAUCACCAAUCUGUGCAAUAUUAAAUUUGAGAGCCUUCCCUCUAUUCUUCAGCACACAGGAUAAGGAAGAGUAAAGAGGAGAUUAUUUGUCAUUGAUGAAUAUGUAACAAGUAAUUAUUUUCAUCGUUUAUCGGCAGAAUACUUCCUUUCUAUCGAAUUGUUCGUCAAAGAUUUCUGUUGAUUCACAUUUGCUCACUAAUAACAUGACACGAACGCAGAAAAUUCUGUCUUUCUGUUUUUAGAGAAUAAAAAUUUAGGUACUAAUACAUUUUCUAAUUGCAGAAUUUUUUCACUUUUAAUUGACGAAAUGAGCUUUGAGAGGAAGUAAUGCUGUCUGGAAUUUUUGAUUUUUUUUCAAAAUGUGUUAUACGUAGAAACAUUAAUUAGGGGUAUACUCACCAGUGAAAAUAUUCAGGUCUAUGAUUUGAAAAUCUACAGAAAAUUUCAAAGCCUAUGUAAAUUUGCUACAAAAAGUUGUCCACCUCCGGUGAAUAUUAAAUUUCAAUCGCGCUGCUUUAUAUAUUAAUUAAUUUACACUAGUGCCCAUUCGUGGGAAUAUUUUUUUAUAUGUUUAAUUAACUUGUUAAUGGUGUCAUUGAGAAUGUUUUUGACUUUAUUGAGCAAUCUGUCAUUGACGUAAUAGUUGGUGGAUAAUUUUUUUUUUCAUUGAAUACUUUCGUUAAACGUAAUGAAAUGAAGAUGGGACAGAGACUGAACGGACAUACUUCGUCCAAUUUUUUAUAACACUAACCCAUAACGACAAAAUCAUUGCUUUCUGGAUUACGUGACUGCUAUUAUUAUUAUAUGUUAUAUUUGCAGUUAUAUCCAAAAUAUACAGGCAUAAAUGAGCUCGAACAAUAUCUUCACUUUCAAUGCCACGGUCCACACAUUUAAACGUGAAAAUAAAAAGAGAUAAUUAAUUCUGUAAAUAUUAUCAUGGUAUACGUAUAAAAUGAGAUAUUAUUUAUUGGGAAAUUUGAAACUACCCGCAGGGAAACUAGUUUUUUAUUUAUCACCCAAUAAUAUUAGUUUUCUUAAUCUUCAGAAUGUUUCGACUAUGAUGCGUCUGUGCACAAAACUCAUUAGCGUAUUAAUUUUCUCAGUCUAAGUUAGUUUUUGAAAUAAUAAGAAACAAUCUGUACACAUGCACCCACCCCCUCUCCUCUUUCCCUUCCUACCCCUCCCCCCCUUAUAAUUUUUCAAUAAAAAUAUCAUUAACAUUUUCAAAUAGUGAUAAUUUAUUAUUUAUAAAACAGACGAAAGAUCUUUCCAUCGUGAAUAUCAUCAUUUUAUUUAUGUAAAUGUAUACAUACUCAUGGGUUUCUUCAAAUUCCGAGCGUUGUUACUAAAAUUUCAAUUUGUGUGUAUUUUUAUACCAGCUUCACGUACAUUGUUGCUUAUUCAUUUCAAAUUUUCCGGCGCAAAACACAGUAUAAUUAUCAUUAGUUUAGUACGUAAUGAGUACAACAUUUAAUGAUUUUCGUUCAGUAAAGCCAAAGUCAGAUACUUGUACAUUUAAUAUGUAGAAUAUAUACAAACUACCCUUU